GGCUGAGGCAACGCAACACGUAGCAGUGGAGCAAUACUCUUAGCUAGCAAACGCGUAUAUCCGAGAGAGCCACUUGUGUGCACAAUAAUUGCUGCCCUCGACUGGCAGCCAUGGUGCGCCUCACCCUGGCCACAAGCUUGCUGACCACAGCAUUUGCCCUGGCACCCAGCGUCGGCACCGUGGUCAAGGGCAAUAGAAAAAUCACUGUCAUCGGUACCGCUCACACGCCCUCGAGGCGACAGCGCGAAGAGGUCGAAGCGCUCAUCGCCGAGGUCAAGCCGGAUGCGGUGCUCGUGGAGCUCGAUGCCGAAAGACUUGAAUUCGCCUGGAAUCAGCCCGAGGAGGCCUACGGCGGCGAGCUCGCAGCCGCUGUCCGCGCGGCCCGACGCAUCGACGCUCCUGUGGUGCUGGGCGACGCCUGCCGCCCGCUCCCCGCGGUUGUCGAGGCGCGGCCGCUCUUCGACCUCGAGCGGACGCGACGUGCGUGGCGAUUGCUGGUGAAGAAACCCGUCGCCACGGGAGUGGGUGUGGAGCGCAUCGACGUCGCGCAAGCGCUGGCGUCCGACCCCCGAAAGGCGCUGCCAUUGCUGUUCGCAGCCAGCGUCGGCGCGGUGGCGACCGCGGCCACGGCGCAAGCCACCCCCAUCGAUGCGCCGGUCAUCGAGGCAGCGGCGGACGCCGUCGCCAUCGCCUCUUCGAUAGUCUCGGCCCGCGUCGCGGACGUGUUGCUCGUGGCGCGUGACGAUGUGCUCUCCGAGAACGCACUACGCGCACUAGAUCUCGGUAGCCGCCUCCGGAGCUCGGCGUUGGAACGCCAUCGCUUUCGCUUCGGCACGGAUCCGGCCGAGUGCCGCUCGGCGGCGGCGCCGUUCUUCGCAAGUGAAGGACCAGAGCGGCCUUUUCUGACGCUACGGUCGCCGUUGAGCGUCGGCGAGCGCCGGCGCAUGAACCUGUUCGAGCCGCGCUGGUUGGCUCUCCUCGACAACAUCGCGGGUGAGAAUGGCGGCUCGCUGCUCGGCGCGUCGCUCGCCACGAUCCACGCGGCGAACCGCUGCUACCUGCGCGACGGCGACGGCGUCGACGCGGACGUUGUAGUUGAUCCGCACGGGGCUUGCGUGGCGAAAAUCGAGCGCGUCGAGGAGUCCAAGCGGCCUUCUGGGGCGCGGCGCGUCGCGGUGUGGCUCCGAGGCGUCGAGGCGGUGCGCGCGGAGGGGCUUGCUACGACCAACGCGGGUUUUCUCACCGGGCGAGUCGCUACCGACGCUUCUGACGACGACGAAGCGCCCGGAGGCGCGGCGUCCGUCGUCGCGGUCGUCGGCUUAGCUCACGCGAACCCGAUCCUGGAGCGCUGCGCCGAGCGAGGAUUGCUCUCUUCGCGCGAACGCGGCGGGAUUGACCAGGAGGUGGCGCGAGCGAUCGCGGAGCGAAAACGAGCCGCUGCGCUCGAGCCCCUUGCCUGGGAGGAGUACGACCGAGCGAAUCGGUAG